AUGAAGUUGGAUGGCGCCUUGUGGGCAUAUUGCACAGCCAACAGAACCCCCAUCGGAGUUUCUCCUUACAGGUUGGUUUAUGGGAAGGCGUGCUAUCUGCCGGUUGAGUUAGAGCAUAAAGCGUAUUGGGCAAUCAAAAAGCUCAACCUUGAUAUGAGCUUAGCGGGAGAGAAGAGGUUGCUACAAUUACAAGAGCUUGACGAGUUCAAAUUAGGGGGAUAUGAGAAUGCAAAGCUGUACAAGGAGAAGACAAAGAGAUGGCAUGACAAGCACAUACAAUAUCGUGAAUUUGUACCAGGGCAGCAGGUACUACUCUUUAACUCUAGGCUGCGGUUAUUUCCUGGCAAGCUAAAGUCCCAAUGGGAUGGACCGUUUGUGGUGACUAGAAUCACACCCCAUGGUGCUGUCGAAAUACAAACUAUGGAUGGGGUGCGCAAGUUCUUGGUAAAUGGAUAG